AUGGAGGAGCGGCCGUCUGGCACCGUCCAGGAGCUGGCCUUCCCAGCUGAGCUGCCCCGCCAGCCGCAGCAGCGGCUGCAGCAGCAGAUCUCCACCUUCCGAGGCACGCUCAGGAGCCACGCGGCUCGGUGCUCUGCUGCCCACAGCGAGCUCCAGAGGCAGGUGGACGCUUUGACCAAGCAGAACCUGGAGCUGCGGGAGGAGCUGAGGGCUUCGGAGCUGCAGCUGCUGGGGACCCCGCGGAGGCCCACGGCGCCCCUCCCCGAGAGCCCGGAGCCGCAGGCGCGGGAUCUUCCGGAAAAGCCAGCACCUUUUGGAGAAGCAGCACACCCCUCAGACGCCAGGACAGGAGAGGAGGAAGUGGGGGAGGAGCGGCUCCCGGAGGGCAAGGUGGAACAGACACUCAGCGACGGCCGCAAAAUCAUCUCCUUCCCCAACGGCACCAGGAAGGAGAUCAGCGCGGACGGGAAGACGACCGUCAUCAGGUUUUUUAACGGUGACGUGAAGAGGGUGAAGCCAGAUCAAACAGUGGUCUAUUACUAUGCGGAGGCUCGGACGACACACACGACCUACCCCGGUGGUAUAGAAGUCGUGCAGUUCCCCAACAAGCAGACCGAAAAAUUCCACCCUGAUGGCUCCAAAGAAACUGUGUUUCCCGACGGGACAGUGAUGCAGCUCAAGGGUGGGCGUGAGGAGACGGUGUUUCCAGAUGGGACAGUGGUCAUCGUGAAAAGGAACGGUGACAAAACCAUCCUGUUCAGCAAUGGGCAGAAAGAGAUCCACACGGCCCAGUUCAAGAGGAGGGAAUUCCCCGAUGGGACCAUCAAGACUGUGUAUUGCAAUGGCUGCCAGGAAACCAAGUAUGCCUCCGGGAGGCUCAAGGUCAAGGAUGAGACCGGGAGCAUCAUCCUGGACCAGAAGGGGAGCAUCCCACAGACUCGCCCAUGAUGCCUAGAAGACACAAAAGCAAUUGCUAUUCAACUAAUCUUUACCCCAAAAUGUAGAAUCCCCC